AUGACGGACGUCACAGACGACCCAGGAUGGACGAGCGGCGAUGCGACGCUUGUCUCGGCAGAUGGCGUGCGCUUCAAAGUCGCGUCCUACUAUCUCUUCACGGCGAGUUGUGUCUUCCGACAAGCGCACGCCGUUUCCUCCGGUCCACUACACCUCGAGUUCGACGACACGUCCAUAGAAAGCGCAUCCACCAUCCGCAACUUUCUAAACCUAAUAGUCCACCUUCGCCUUCACUUAGAACCCGCCCCCACCUCCGCCGCCUCCGCCCACUCGAGCUCCCCACGCCUCUCCUCCACCCUUCACCAAGCCGACCAGCUUAACGCCCUCUUCCGCUUUCUCGACAAGUACGACUGCCCGGUCCUGCGCCGCAGCGCUAUCCUGGUUCUCGACACCCUCCUCCCGUCGAGCAUCGACCCCGCCGCUGCACUGUUGGCGGGGUGCGCGGCUGACGAGCCCGAUCUCGUAUCUGCCGCGCUCCGCUUCGCGGACCGCGGGAAGAGCGACGGGCAUUAUGAGGCCCCGGAGGCAGAACUGGCGCUCACGGCCGCCAAGGAAGACAAGGAUACUCUCGACCCCGCGAGGAUGCCGUACGAGUUUGUACGUCGCAUCCCGCAAGAAUAUGCGUGGGCACUCGCACGAGCCUGGGGUGGCAGGCCGUACCCUGUGCGGGAGAGGUUUGGGGAGUAUAUCAAGGCUGUUAAGAGGUAUCGCUCGAAAGAGUAG